AUGUACCAGACCUACCUGCUGGCCGGGUUCCUGGCCGGUGGAUCAGCUGGAUUCAUCAGAGGGAUUCGAGAGCGGACACGGGCGCGGGAAGCAGACGAGCCGUUCGGCUGGCGGGGCGGGGGAGUUCGGCUGGCGGGACGGAGGAGCCGGAACCUUCUCGCCCGGCACGGCCGGGGCCGGGGGCAGGCAGAUGUGCAGAGCCCAGCCCCGCUCUGCGCGGCGCUGCGGAGAGGCACCGUUGAGAGGUGGGCCCCCGCCCCCAAGAAUUUCUUACCUAAGCGGCAGAGCGCCUCGGCCCGAGCCCGGGGGGGCUGCGUUUCCACGGUGGGCGUCAUUUCUGGCGGUAACUUCCGCGAAACGCUUCGGAAUGGGAAAUGCACCGGAACCGGAGAUCUGGGUCCUUUCAAUCCUGGCUUGCCGGUGGAAGUGCCUGUCUGGCUGGCCAUUAAUCUGAAGCAGAGGCAGAAGUGUCGGCUGAUCCCUCCGGAAUGGAUGGACGUUGAAAAACUGGAGGAAAUCCGGGACCAGGAACGUAAAGAGGACACCUUCACUCCGAUGCCCAGUCCCUAUUAUAUGGAACUCACAAAGCUGCUGUUAAACUAG